CCCAAAACGGCGCCGCCCGGCUGGUUUUGGGCUGUCAGCAGCUGUCCGGCGCUGGGCAUGGAGCGUGUGCGGGGAGCUGGGGCCGUGCUGGCGGUCCUGGUGGUGCUGGGAGCCCCCCCGGCUGCGGGCGAGGAGCUGUCGGGGGUGUUCCAGCUGAUGACAAACCACGAGUGUCACUUCAUCAACGGCACCGAGCUGGUGAGGUUCGUGGAGAGGCACAUCUACAACCGGGAACAGUUCCUGCACUUCGACAGCGAUGUGGGGGUCUAUGUGGGGGACACCCCACGUGGGGAGAUCCAGGCCAGGCACUUCAACAGUAAACGGGAAUGGCUGGAGUACAAACGCUCUGCGGUGGACAGGUACUGCCGGUACAACUAUGAGCUUUAUGCCCCAUGCAGUGUGGAGAGGAGAGUGCCCCCCAGCGUGUCCAUCUCGCUG